AUGGCGCCCUAUGUUCCCAUUGUUGUAGUUCGCUCCGAUGGACAGCUCUCAUUGACCACCAAGUCAGGCGCGAAGGAGCUCAACGAGCCCACCGCAGCACAGCAAAAUGACACCCAGGAUGCCAAGGGAAUGGUUGACUGCUACAAGAAGCUGGACCCUGAUGAGCCAAAAGCGGUUGACUGGAGACGAAAGCUGGGUGGCAUGCUGAUGCAUGUUUUGGGAGAAAAAGAGCAUGAAGGCAAAAAUUACAUCUUGAAAGAAUUCCCAGAAGGAUAUGUGUUAUGGGAGCAUCUCAAAUACAAGGUUGGCGGCGGCGAUAAGAAGGAGAGAGGGAAACAUGCCGCAGGAGUCUUUGAACGGCAGGAUGCCUAUCUCUAUGGCCAUCCGCAUGGCCGCAAGAAGCGUUUCCGCAGCCCCGCAGACUUCUUCCAUCACCUGCUAUGGCUCGCAGCCGACAAAGAGGGUGAUCCUCUCAAUUGCUCCUGCAAGAUCUGCUCGCCGGAUGGAGAUGAUGAUACCGUGGAGGAGCCAGUGAAGGCAGAAAUCCCCCCCAAGAAGGAGAUCAAACAGGCUCCCUUCUCGUCUUCAGCCCCCUCCAAACCUACGCAAGCGCCUCAAGCCAUGCAAUCUAGACCAACCUUCCAACCCGGCCUACCUACCGCUACGAAGUCACAAGAGCAACGAUUAGAUGGCGAGGCAAACGGAAAAUAUCUGUAUAGGCCUGGGGAAUUAGUGUGGUUCAACAAUGGUCUUAAUUGGCGUCUGGGUGUUAUUGCGAAACGGCAGUUACUGAGUAAUAAGCCUCGCUAUCUCUUGCAACCUCUCUCGAACCCCUUUCACCACCAACCUUCCCAAAUCAAAGAAGACGAAAGCUCAAUUCGACCGUGGCUGGCGUGGAGCGUUCCGACUACCACAGUCCCUGCUAUUCAAAAUUAUACAUUUGACCAAGUGCCUUGGGACCGAGUUGUGAAGGGCGAGUUCGACGAAGGGCAGACUCGAGACUAUAUUGUGGAUGGCAGUAUACUCGCAGCAAAGGUCAUUGAUUCGAGUUAUUCGCUGUUCGACCGAAUUGAAAAUGCGUUAGCAGGACCGGGAGAAGUGCACUACAAUGGGAUGUUCUUGGGCGCUGAGAAGAUAUGGGUAGGGGAGCCAGUUCGCCUGCGUGUCCCUGGCAAUGACAUCGUCGUUCUCAUCAUCCACAAACUUAUCGAACGCACGACUCCGCCAGAUGGUUCUUCUGUCACCUUCGUUGGCGAUGUCUACAAGUUCGUCGAGAUGCCAACGCCAUAUAAGAACCGUGCGGACUGGCCGAAACCAGAUCUGCCUCCUCGAAUGGUGGAUGACCUGCGAUAUCGGAAUGAGGUGGCAGAAAAAAAGGGUAUGUGGUAUGAAUGGCGAUUACUAGAACCAGCUGCUCGAAAGGGCCUCUCCGAUGUCAAGGGGCGUUGGUACGAGACGAAGGCCCUGCUUCCUAUUCUGAGGGGAGCUCAAAAAUACCAAGAUGAAGUUGCCAGCGGCAUUACAAGUGAUGCAGGUGCAUGGAUGAACGGUCGAAGAGACAAAAACAACAACCCUGAGCAACGAAAGAAGAACAGGAGAGAUACCUUGGGCACAGCUGUACCAGCUGAAUUCAAAGUCAGCCGAGGCUUGGAUGGAAAUCCCAGUGAUGACGCUUUUCCCGAUGUACAACAGCAAGAACCUCAGCAACCUCAGCCACUACCGUAUGUGGAGUCUGAUAUUGAUCAAUUCAUGGAUCUUGAUCAAGCUGCGCAAGGGCAUGCAUUUUACGGUCAACAUUAG